AUUUUUCCGAUCAUCCUCAUUUCCGGAUACUCGGUCAGGCUUAGCUCCUCGCACAGCCUCCGGUCGCCGUCAAAACACGCACCCAUGCACGCGCCUCGCACAGCUCCGCGCACGAUGCGUCUUUUCGCAAUGCUGCUCGUCGCGAGCGUGCUUCUCGCGCCGAGCCCGCAGUCACUGAGGGGCGUCGAAGCGCGGAAACGCCGUGCCGUGGCGCCGGCAACGAAGACGACUGGCAUUCCGCAAUGGGAGCUCUUAGCGGCCCUCAAGGACCUCAAUAAGACGUACAGCUUCUUCACCGUCUUCGCCGAAAGAUACUAUACCGCGGCCAGGUACAAGCUAAUCACGCUCGAUGGCCCUUCCACCAUUCUCAUUCCGUCCAACAUCGGCAACCAGUUUAUGAAAAAGAAGUGGGAAGCGUACACCCCGCAGCAGCGUCUUCGCAUCAUGAAGAAUCUGAUAAUAAAGGGGCUGUUCAGCAAGGACCGGCUGCUUUCGACUGUGCCGAUGUGGCAGUUCCGCACCAUGAACAUGGGUCUGAAGCUGGUCAAGAUGAACAAAUUCGCACUAAGGCAAUGCUACUUCAAGGCUCCUGGAGGGACAUCGUAUGGGCCGCUGAACCAGGCAAAUAUGAGCCGGACGAAGAACAUUCAGGUGCACGGCAUCUCUCUAGUUCCGAUCCCCGCGAAUGUCUGGUGAGCCCGGGCUAACGGAUACCGCAGGGUUCACGGUGACUGGCUUAAGAUGUUUGGGGUGGGGAAGAAUAAUGAACAGGAAGAGAGGGGGGAGGGGGGGGGGAGGGGGCAUGGAGAAGAGGGUUUGUGGUUGUUUUGUUGACACAAAAAUGGUGUGUGUUGAUGCUUUAGGGGUGGUUGUAAACUUCUUGUUUGUGCUGGUUGCUAACUAGUUGAGUUGCCAUUGCUGAGUUGAAAGCGCGGGCCCUGAUGCAAACACUGCUAACACCUCUAUGAGUUCGCCUGGAUUAUUUUGACAUGUGCUCCGCAUUGUUCUGUCCAAUCCAUAGACCUAAUGCUCUUAGGAAAACACGGAAACG